AUGGUGUGUAUAAUCCAACAAGGUGAUCGAUUCGCACAUGAUUUUAUACGAUGGAUAUAUGCAGCGCUCAAUUUGUUGAAGGAUGUGCAAGUCGACGCGAUAAUCGGUCCUCAAACAUCUGCACAAGCAAACUUUGUGGCUGGUCUUGGAGAUGCAGCGAAAGUGCCAAUCAUUUCUUUCACAGCAACAAGCCCUUCUCUUCGUCCUCAAACUCCGUAUUUCGUCCGAACAGCCAUAAACGAUUCUGCUCAAGUUGAAGCUGUUGCCGCCAUAGUUAAGUACUUUAGAUGGCAUCGAGUUGUUUUCAUAUAUGAAGAUACAGAUUAUGGUAAUGGCAUUAUUCCUUUACUGUCUAUUGCAUUUCAACAAGUAAACGCUCGAGUUUCGUACAGAAGCGUUAUCCCAGCCUCAGCAACCGGUGACUUCAUCCUUCAAGAGCUGCACAAUAUGAAAAAAAUGCAGACAAGGGUGUUUGUGGUGCAUACUACAGCCCUUCUUGCUUCUAGAAUCUUCCUCAAAGCAAAGGAAGCGGAAAUGAUGAGUGAAGGCUACGCGUGGAUAGUGACCAGCGGGCUCAUGAAUUUAUUUUAUUCAUUGGAACCGAGCGUUGUAGAUUCUAUGCAAGGAGUUGUUGGUGUAAAACCUCACAUUCCAGGAUCAAGAAAACUCAAGUCCACCACUGUAAGCUGGAAGAAGAAGUUUGUAGAGAUUAAUCCAAUGAUUCCUCCACCACGAGAGAUCAACAUUUAUGGGCUGUGGGCAUAUGAUACCUUGUCGGCAUUGGCUAUGGCUGCUGAAAAAACAGGAUUUAGGGAGCCAAGUUAUUUGCAGAACACAAAUGCUCUUAACUCUACCGACAUAUUUAUUACUGGAACGUCACAAACAGGUCCAAAUCUUCUGGCUGCAACGUUGGAUACUAAUUUUACCGGACUCUCCGGGAAUUUCAGAUUGAUUAAUGGGAAACUAGAGCCAUCAUCUUUUGAAAUAUUGUACGUAAAUGGAACGGAGCUAACACAAGUUGGAUUGUGGAAACCAAUAUUGCAAAUUCCAAGUCAAAUGAAUGCGAACAUAACGGGUUUUGCAGGUAAGAAGUUGAAGAAUAUUACGUGGCCGGGAGAAUCGAGGAACGUACCAAAGGGAUGGGAGGUCUCAGCAAGCGGUAAAAAGCUUAGAGUUGGAGUUCCAGCAAAUAUUGGUUUUCCACAAUUUGUAAAUGUAGAAAAGGACAAUAUCACUGGAUUGUACGUAGAUUUGUUCAAAUAUGUCAUGGCAGCACUACCUUACACAGUCGAAUAUGAAUUUAUCCCGUUUGAAAUAUCUAAUGCCUCAACGGCGGUUCAAACAUCUAACGCCUCAAGUGCGGGGAGCUACGAUGAUUUGUCCUACCAAGUUUUCAAUGGGAACUUCGAUGCUGCUGUUGGAGACAUAACGAUCACAUCUGCGAGAUCAGAAUAUGUCGACUUCACUUUCCCGAUUGCACAAGGAGGGAUUACCAGGACACAGAAAAUCCCGCAUGAUGACGAAAACAAGGGUAAAUAUUUUUUCGUGCAGCCCCUCAAACGUGAAUUAUGGUUAACUGCCAUAGCCAUGUUCAUUUUCACUGGAGUGGCUAUGUGGAUUCUUGAACAUAGAUUUAACAGAGAUUUCAGAGGCCCCCCUUCAGAACACGCCGGCCUAAUCUUUUACAUCCCCUUCAUGACAUUAGCAUUUGCCAACAGGGAGAGAAUAGUGAGCAAUUUAGCUCGACUGGUUCUAGUCGUUUGGGUAUUUGUUGUUCUGAUAUUGAGCUCAACUUACACAGCAAGUCUUUCGGCAAUAUUUACAAUAAACAAGCUUGACCAAAACGGUGAUUCAGACGUAAGUAGGCUUAUUAGAAAUGGAGACUACGUUGGAUGUCGCGAAGGCUCUUUCAUUUAUGAGUUUGUGAAAAGGCUAGGAUUCGACGAAUCAAAGAUUAGGACGUACAAACUUCCACAGGAUUUUCAUAUUGCAUUGGCUAAAGGAAGUGAAAAUGGUGGCAUAAAGGCCAUGUUUUCUCGCACUCCUUACACCGAUGUCUUCUUAUCCAUGUACUGUAACAAGACGUACAUGAAAGUUGGCUCAACCUAUUUUACGGAGGGCUCUGCCUUUGUAUUCCCCAAGGGCUCGCCGUUAGUUGCCGAUGUCUCUCGUGCUAUCAUCAAACAGACAGACAAUCACAAUAUUUCGAAAACAAAUGAAAAAGGGAUAGAAAAGACGUGUGGUGAAUAUGAUCCCGACUUUUGGCAAACUGUCGAAUUGAAAAGCUUCAAAGUACUGUUUGGAAUAACCGCGGGAAUCACAGGGACUUGCCUUGUGGCAUUUCUAUUCUCGUAUUUCUACAAAAACAGAGAUGUGGUUAGGAGGAUCUUCUCAAACUCCGAAACCACAACUUGGUCCAAACUAAACGCAAUUUCCAUGCAUUUCGAUCGAAGAGACCCUAAAUCAUUUCGUUUUUGUAUUACAUUUGUUAGUAUAUUGAAGCCCUAA